AUGAGAAGUAUUCUGGACCUUCAGGAUCAAUUGUCAGAGCUUGAAGAUCGGCUGAAAGCCUGUGAUGACGUUGACAGGGUACAGCUGGGACUCUGCAGUCGUAGGCAGGAUGCCAACAUUACCCGUCGCGACAUCCUGCAGCGGAUCCGCUCAGCACUAGAGGUCUAUGACAAAGCCAUCCAAGACUACAAUAGCAUGCUUCAGCUCCCCGAACCGCAGAGAGCACAACGGCAGAAUGUAGAGAACUGGGUUUUGGGGAAUAAGCCCCUGGUUCGGUCCGAGAGUGGAUGCUUUCUCAACAUGUCCAACGACACAGACUAUGUGGCUCUUGGAGUAGCCCAGAGAAGCGACCGAUCGGGGCUGGAGUCGCUUGCGGAACUGGCGUUGAGGACCUUUCCCAGUGUUAGAAGACUGUUCUCUACUAGUGAGACCAAGACUCAGGACCCCAACAUCUUCCUAUUCUCCACUGUUCUUCUUGAUCGCGUCAUCAAAGCUUUUGUGGCUCUAUUUGUCCCUCUAUGGUUGGUUCUUCCUACAAUUAUCCUCCAAGCUUCCUCGGGAAGUCUCCCCAGAUCUAUAGUUUUCGCCUUCUUCAUUUUCGGGACAUCCAUCAUGCUCUUCGCUGCUGUCGACUUGACGAAACACAACUUUCUAGUUGCUCUGAUAACAUACGCCACACUCCUCGGUGCAUUCCUAGCAGAAUCUCGCUAG